GGCGCGCGGGAGAUUUGAAUCGCGGCGGCGGGUGGGGUGGCGGUGUGGCGUGCGGCUGCUGCCAUGGGGGUCUCCGGCAGCGCCCCGGCCACCCCGUGCAACAGGCACCUGGCCCAUGUCAGCGACCCCCGUUCCCCCAGCGCCGGCAUCCUGCGCACCCCCAUCGAGGUGGUGAGCUCUCCAGCGGACAGCCCUCAGCUUGGUCCUGCCGAGCCGGGGCCGGCCGCCAGCGAGGACUGGGACCCGCGCUCGCCCACGCCCGGUAUUUCCCGCACGCCCAUGAGGACCACGUCGAGUGACAGCGUAGAGCACCUUGUGAAGCAGCUCAGCGAGGCCUUCGGGAUUGAGGCCGCUCCCCGGCAGACGGCGCCGCCGGGUACGGCCCGUCCCGCCGAGGAGUCGGCAGUGGAGGAGCCGGCCUGGCGGAGCUCGUCGCCCGCCGGAGGCCCGGAGGCGGCUGCCUCCACGGUGGAAGAGACGGAGAGGCUGCCCUCUCCCAGUGCCGCCCCAGCUCUGCCAGCCCGGCUCGCCGCACACGCCUUCCCCUCCGGGAGCAAGCCUGUAAGACGCAAGGCCAACAACAAAAUCAUGGCAUCAUCUGCUGGAACUGGCCGCUCUCCCCUCAGCAUCCUACAAGACGAUAAUUCCCCCAGUGCUCCUGCCUCUCGACAGGGUAAGAGGCACGUGUUGGGAGAGAACCUUGGGGAGAAGGAAGUAACAGCAGAUCUGAGCAGGAACCUCAAAUCUGGGAACUGUGCUUGGAGCAAUCUGAACAAAGAAAACCACCAAUGUCCUUUUGUGGAGAACUAGAAAAUUCCUUUUCCAGGAUAUUGCUAUAAUUUGCUUCUGUUUUGAGAGUCUUCUAGUAGUGAGGAAUCCCGCAAUAGACUGAAACUUCAGACUUGUGGCCACUCUUCUCGCCCACCCCUGUUGGGGGGAAAGAGCAUACUCUCUCCUAACUUUGCAUAACUUAUGUACAGUUCAGACUUUGGCUCUUCUAUUAUGUGUCAGCUGAACUGACUUUCUGUAGUGUUCUUAU